CAAGAAUGGAACCAGCGUGCUCCGGGACUUCUUCCUCGUUCCCAGCACGGCGGACAAGUUGGGGGUGUUGUUUUCGUGUAUAUAAAGCUUUCAGCUAGUGCAGAUUCUGCUAGUCGCACUCACCGGAAAAGUAGAUACAAUUGAAUUAUUUCCUCCUCUCCUGUUGUGGAACAUUACCCAGGAAGGUGUUAUCCUACAGAAUGUACGAUUCGCUGGCAGAAGGACAUGAGUAAAUCCUGAUUAGUGGCUUCGCGGUGUGCAUUGUUUUAUUGUGUAAUAAUUGUUGGGAACAGUCUAUUCGGCUGAAGAAAUUAAGGAAGUUGCAAUCGUUGAUUUGCCGGCAAAAGUUUGCAUUGUGUUUGGAGUAUUAGUGGUUAUCGUUUAAGUGAUGAAAUUGACGAGUUAGAAGGUGAUUCUUGGGAACAGUGACUUCAUGAUUAAAUAUUAAAAGCGUUAUACAUUUCAACUAUGGAUCCAACGGAGGAACCACUCCCCUCUCUAGACAAAGAAAACCAUCAACUUGGCUGUGAAUCAACAAAAAUAUGCAAAAGAAUAAGAAUCUUCAAACAACGCCUUAAAAAUGUCGUUACGGAAUUCACAGGACAUGACAGUGAAAAUUUUAGUACCUUUGAAAAUUUUACGAAAUGGAUGCAUAAGCCGACGGAUGCUGCGGCGUUAGGAAUUUUUAGGAUGCUUUACGGCUUUUGCAUGUUAGUAGAUAUUCCAGAAGAACGUGGUGGUGGAAACCUAGAUUUACGGUUUGGCGAACCAAAGCAUUGCCACUUUCCGCUCUUCAACUUCAUUAAGCCAUUCCCAUUGCCAUUUAUGGGUAUUGCUUACUUUGUAAUGUGGCUGGGAGCGCUUGGAAUCAUGUUGGGAUACAAAUUUCGAAGGUCGUGCUUAAUGUUUUUGAUUCCUUAUGCAUAUGUAUUCCUAUUAGAUAAGCCAGCGUGGAAUAAUCACAGCUACUUAUAUGGACUUUGUGCUUUAUUAUUACUUUUCACAGAUGCCAAUAGAUAUUGUUCCCUAGAUUGUCGUAAGCUACCUCAAGCCGAACAAAAGGUUCCGUACUGGAACUAUUUCCUUAUAAAGUUCCAGUUCUUCUUAUUAUACUUUUACGCUGGCUUGAAAAAGAUGACCUUCGAAUGGCUGUCGGGAUACGCAAUGACCAAUCUUGGCUACCAUUGGGUAUUUACUCCAUUCCGGCUAUUUUUGAGUGUGGAAUUGAUUGAGCUACUUAUAAUUCAUUGGUUCACUGCUGUUUUCGAUUUGACUAUAGCUUUUUGGCUCACCUACGAAAAGACUCGUUUGGCAGCUACACCGUUUGUAAUAAGUUUUCAUCUGAUGAAUUCAAGGCUUUUUACAAUAGGCAUGUUCCCUUGGUUGUGUUUAUGUGAAUUGCACUUGUUUUAUAAUCUGAGCUGGCCCCGAGAAAUUCGUACCAGGCUGAAGUCCCUAUUAGCCACGCAAGAACAACGAAAAGAAACAGAUUCAAAAUCAAGUGCAGUUACUAACACGAAUUCUUCUGAGACUUCACUGAAGAAGGAAGAAGUUUUUGGGGAUCAAAUAUCGGAUUCUUCUAACGCUUCAACAAUGAAAGAAGAAACUUCUAAGAAAGAAAGAUCAAAUUCUGAAAACACCUCACCAAUGAAAAAGAAGGCUUGCAAAGACCAAACUUCCAAAAGAUCAUUCGUGGAUUCUUUUCGCGUCAUACUUAUUCUCUCUUAUUGUGCCAUUCAGUUAUUCCUGCCAUACUCGCAUUUCAUUACCAAAGGAUAUAAUAACUGGACAAACGGAGCCUAUGGUUAUUCCUGGGACAUGAUGGUCCAUGCCUAUGAUACGCUAUCAGCUUCUGUGAAGAUUGUAGACAACAAUAAUGGAAGAGUGCAUUAUUUGGAGCCUUAUGCUUUUACGGAAUAUGACAGGUGGACAAAACAUGCCGAUAUGGCGAAGCAGUAUGCGAAAUGCGUAGAACGAAACCUGAUCAAGGAUUUCGAGGAGAAUCCCAAAACUCUUUUGACAUCGAAAAAUUUUUCCAUCUAUUUUGAUAUUUGGUGUUCGAUGAAUGGACGUUUUCAGCAACGAGUUUUUGAUCCUCGCGUUGAUUUACUGAAGGCUAAGUGGUCGCCUUUUGAGCAGACUGAAUGGGUCUUACCUGUCAUUAAGGAAUUAAAUAAUAUGCGUCCAAUCUUAGGAACUAUAACACGCGAUGUUCUGUCAUGGAGUAACCAUUCAGAUUGUUUAUUUAUAGCCGACUAUCCUGGAUUAACGUUGGAGAACUUCAUCUCACCAGAUUUGACGAACGUCACAAUGACUGUGCUCCAAGGUGCAGUUCAUUAUGAAGUGAUUGGUGACGACCAGGAGUCAAGCUGUCCUCUGUCGAUAGGACCUGGACAACGGUUAAAUAUCUCCCCAGGGGAAUUACAUCGAGUAGUAACGGUUAGUAAAACACCUUCCUGCUAUAUGUACACAUUCCUCAACCAAACUAUGGCUGACAUGGGAAUUACGUUGCAUACAUCAACGAACAAGCGAAUCCUUCCCCUGUGGGAAGAAUUUCUACAUCGAGCGCAUAAUUAUAAAUCUUUUUUCUAUCAUGUGGGGAACUCAUUUUUAUUCCUAGUUUAUGGGGUUCCUAUGCCUCUGCGAAUACGUGAACGCAUGUGAAUGCCUUACAGAGGGAGAGGGCUGAAUCGGGUGUGGCAAGUUGACGCUGUGGUCAUCUAGCCUUAAAUGGAUAUAAUCUAUUUAUUUGGGAGUACAAGCCCAGAAACCAUAUAUAUCCUUUAUGUGUCUAGAUAGGUUUCAAAGGAGGGCUGCCUCCGUUAUCAGUUCGGAGACAUGAAAUAAGCACAGUUAUAAGUUACAAAGAAUUCGUUGCACUCAAUUAAUUCAUUUACUCCAACACUUAAUCUGCUUGAUUGACAUUAUCGUAAUUUCGAGUUUCCUAGACUCGAUUGUUGUCUAAUUAUAACGAAUAACUUAUCAAUAAAAUGUCAUAAUUAGUUGCAAAUAAUUCAUUUCAUUUAACUUAAUACAAAACUUUCGAAAAAGGAAUUGUGCGGUUCAGUUGUGGAGCAGUCAAGAAAUGAGAAUUAAUUUUAUUUUUAAAAUUGAACGAUCGUGAUUGCUUUUAAAUUAAGUGUUUGUCUGAUGUACUUAUUGACUUGUUUUUACAUAGGGUAGCCUCAAAAUAUUUAUUGAAUAAAAAUUAUUUUAAAAUGG